CAUGACGCGGAAAUGUGUAGCCUAAUACAGAAAACAUUAUAAACAAUAGCGCAAAGUUGUGAUGUUUCUGUGAUACACACACAAACAUUACUUUAUGUGCAUUUGCCAACCAUUAUUGAUAAGUUAACGAGGAUUCAUCGCUAUUCCCCCUGCUGUUGUAGCAAUGUCUUUAUAGUCAAGUCAGUUGUUGUGGUUAACAUUCAGCAUAGUUCGGGCUUUAAAAUAGGUCAUCGGGUUCAAAUAUGGACCCAAAACACAAAAAACUGCUCCGAUUUCAACGGCUUUUUUUGGCCGAGGAGCUUUUAGUGGACGACAUGAUCAUACAGUAUUUAUACCAGGAGGGGAUAUUAACGGAGAGUUAUUUAGAGGAGAUUGAGUCUGAGCCGUCUAAUAGGAAAAAGACGUUAAAGCUGCUGGAUAUUCUGCCCACUCGCGGCUCGCACGCCUUCUAUCACUUUACACAGUCAUUAGAGAAAGAUUUCCCCUGGAUCAAAGACAAAUUACUGCGACUGUGUACGGAAGACACCGAGUCUGAGUCUCCUCCUCCGCCGUUCACAGUUCAGUGUGGUGUACCUGACCACAUCCUUUCGACUGUUCCAACCAUGCUGCAUCUGAACCAACUGGCCGCUCGUCUGGGUUCGGAGUGGAAGUCUGUGCUGCUGGACCUGGGCCUGUCCUCUGCUCAUCUGUACCGGUGCUGUGCUGACCACCCCCUCGCGGUUCAGAGUCAGGUGCUCGCGGGACUGGUGAUGUGGACGCAGAGGGACGGAAGAGAAGCCACAGUGGGACGGCUGCUCCAGAGCCUGCAGGCCGCAGAUGUCCCGCCAUCUGUCCUCCAACAGGUGUUUGUGUGAUGUCAUGGAUCCUGUUUUUCUGGACUUCACCAUACUGCUCUUGAGCUGUGGAAAACACACGACAGACACUAAAGGAAGAGAGACAGACUGUGUCCUUGUGUGACAUUUAUAUUUUGUUAUGGAAUAUCCUGAAAAUCCAUCAUGCAUCUAAUAAGACAGUCUCUACAAAAAUGUUGAAAUU